AUGGAUGGCAUCUCGUUGGCAGGGUACGGCUCGAGCAAUUCAGCAAAUGUUGUUCCACAAAGUCUAUUCAAGCAGGAAACAAGCCCUCUUGUCACCAGAGCAGAAUUGCACGAGCGCCGUCCUAGCGCUCAGAUCUUCGCCGAUGCAACGGGUGCUUCCAGUCUGCUGCUGCUGUUGGCGUCGCUAGCAGCCAGGCUAGAAAACCACGACAUUGGGCCAACCUCUCCAAGUGCUCUCCUGCUGGGACUGGCCCUGGGCAUGACACCAAUGAACCUGCUCCUGGCAUAUAGUGAUUCAACGAUGCCUUCUCUGGCGGUGCUGACGACGCCUCAGCCUAUGCUUCAGCCAGCAAGGAGCAUGAGGAGACCGCUGACUUCCAAAGAUAGCUUGUUCAGACCUCGCCCUGGUGACCAUGUUCAUAAGCUGAGGGCUGCAAGUCACCCCUUUGGCCAGAGCCAUGUCCACUCUGCAAACUACAAUCACCGCCAGGAUGUUCCUCCUUUGCGGGCUAACGCACCUAAUACUAUAGCCCCUACAGCCGUUCCCAACCCUUCGAUAACCUCCCCUCCUUUUCUCGACAGCACUGACACUCAGUCGCCUGAAAUGGACGACUUUGUUACGUUCCCCUUAUCUGACGAUGCCAUGUACCACGACCUCAACCUAGAUGAUAAUUGGAAGGUCUUCUCUAGUGCGGAAGGCUCUCUGCUCUAA